CAGUUCAUUUCAUGGCGUCGAGUGAAAUGGUCAACUGAUUCCAUUCUAAACCUGCACGCAAAUAAAUUUUGUGUCACAUGUGCACAAGUCAAGUGAGUUUGUGGAGUUGUGAACAUGGUUUCACCACUUUACUUUCCCAACCUUAGCUGAACGGUAGUGCAUAAACUGCUGCAUUAUAAAUUGUAUGCCACCUCGUCCCAUCUUUCACGUAAUAAGCGUAUGAAUUAGUCAACAAAUCUUCCCAUGCAAAAGGAAAAUUAAGUGCGAUUUUUAUACCGCUCAGAAUAAUGGGUUUGCGUAUAUUUGAAAUCGAGUUUGACAAUCCUACGAAAACAUUCCUCGCAGGGCAAAACCUUGUGGGAAAAGUUGUCGUGGAAGUUGACCAGAUUGAGAUGAAAGUUCAAGAGCUAGUACUGCGAUUAUGGGGAAAAGCAGAGGUCAGUUGGGUUGAUCCUAAAAAACAUAAGCAACCUAAAACUUCGAGACCCAAAACAUCAGCCACGCCGGAAAUUCGAAUUAGUCACAGCAGAGAUCACGCUACCAGUGACAAAAUGUAUUCGAAAGAGGAAUCCUACUGUGACAGAAGGCACACAAUAUUAGAAAAAAAGGGAAAUGAUGAUCUUACAAUUCCGCCAGGGCGAAAUGCAUACCCAUUCCAAAUACUCCUUCCUACUGGGAUUCCAUCUUCGUUUGAGGGAGAGCACGGGCAUGUCAAGUACUUUUUGGAAGCUACAAUCAAACGCCCAUCAGGUCAAUAUGACCACAAUUGCAAGAGUCAGAUAUAUGUCAAAGGCAUUCUUGAUCUCAAUUCGGAUCCUCAAGCUCAAAUCGAUAAACCAGAAAUGUCACAUGAAGAACUCUUGUGCUGUCUUUGCUGUAAAAAUGGACCUGUUGGGUUCAAUUUUGGGAUCUUGGGCAACGCAGGAGUACUUCCAGGAGAUGAAAUGCAAUUCUUGGCAGACAUAUACAACAUGAGUAAUGCCCGAGAGGUCUACAUUAAGUUGAAGCUCAUCCAAAUAACCACUUAUCAUGUCGAUCAUGUUUAUAAAGUGGAACGGAAAGAGUUGCUCAAAUUGAAGGGUCCCAGCGUUACUCGAGGGGGUGCUGGGACUUGGGCGGGCGAAAGUGUGCACAUACCGGAAGGGCUCCCUCCUAGUCGCUUGGCAGGGAGAUGCAGUCUCAUUUCCGUAGAUUAUUCACUCGAAAUUACAGUCGAAACUCAUAAUAAAAAACAAAUCACUGCUCAACUCCCAAUUAUUGUUGGUACCAUUGGAUUCAACACCAAGCUGGAGGAUCUUAUCGCCUCUCUAAAUCUCAACCCUUUAACUACCAAUUUCUAAUUAUUCUGAUUUACUACGACUGCACUAUUCACACUCAUUCGUGCCCAUCAUAAAAGCACUAUGCAAUCAGCAUAUAUUUACUAAAAAAAACUUACAGUACUUCAAUAUCUACCAACAACACAUAUGUAAAACAUGGGGCACAAUAUUUGUACCUAAAUGUCCAUCAAUUUUUUACAUCAAUUAGACCAAAUUUUUUAAACUAACUGCAACCCUUGAAGGUUCCCACAAAAAAUCAUAUCCACAUAUAUAUUUAAACAUAUGUAUGUACAGCAAACUGCAAAUUACCAAUACAAUUGUCAGCUUUUCUGCAUGUCAUCUUGUAUAUUAUGCAAAAUAUUAAUAUACUUAUAUCAAAUGUAAAUAUGAUUAUGCAAUGCCAAAUAAAUAAUUGUUGUUCAUUA